UGCAGGACCAAAGAAAAUUUGAUUGUGGACUGCACAUGUCCUUGCAGGGAGCUAGCAGGGGGCCUGUGAGAUAUCAUAAGGAUUCCUGGUACCAGCUAGCUGCUUCCCUAGCCCAAAAGAAAAUGAUGCUGUGGAGUCGUGCAGAAUGAACGAGAAUUGCUGGUGACACUACGCAGAGUGCCGCACCUGUCGUUGCAGCGCAGGACUGUUCUGGAGUACAUGUAAUUGUGUUUUGAAGACGACGAAUAUCAUUGGCUGGACCUUAGAAUCCAGCUCUUAAAAUCUGCUCCCGAUGCGUCGCGCAAGGCUUGGCAAGUACGCCAUCUUCGCCGCGAUCGUAGGGUUCGCCCUGUUCUGUGUCGUGACGUUCAAUGUGUUUCAGUCAGCCAGCGAGAAGGGUAGUGCUGCCCUGGAGCUGGAAGUAGGCCUGCGGGACGCGCAGGUCCGCGUACACGACACCCUUUACGCGGAGGAUGACGUGCAAGUUGUUAUCGGGCCGCCUAGGAAACAUAAGUUUUCUAAUAUGAGCCACAAUGACAUUCCAAUGUUCAACUUUAAGCAAGAAGAAGAGGACAGACGGAAUAAUGCCGUAAAACCUACGAAGGCCCUAUCAGUCGAUCAGCAGGAACUGGCUAACCUCGUCCGUGCCGGCUACAAAGAAUAUGGCUUCAACAAGGUUGCAAGUGACCAUAUUGCGCUGGACCGGGACAUCCCGGACACGCAGCACGCAAAGUGCAGAGAGCGCAAAUAUCCGCACGACCUGCCCACUUGCAGUGUGGUGCUAAUCUUCCACAAUGAAGCAUGGUCGGUAUUGCUGAGGUCCAUACACAGCCUCAUGCGCAGAACUCCUGAACAUCUGCUGCACGAGAUUAUCCUCGUCGACGACUUCAGCACGAAACCUCAUCUGAAAGACCCCUUGACGGAGUAUGUGGGUCGCUUUGGCGGCAAAGUCAAGGUCAAGAGGCAGAUUCGUCGUGCCGGUCUAACACGAUCGCGCAUGGCAGGCGCGGCGGAUGCCACGGGCGAUAUCGUCGUCUUUCUGGACUGCCAUAUCGAGGCGAACGCCGGUUGGUACGAGCCGCUGGCGAUGCGCAUCAAGGAGAACUACCGAACGGCCGUGUGUCCCACCAUUGAUGUCAUUAACCAGGACAACUUCAACUACGAAGGGGUGACCGACCCGUUCGUGAUGGGCAGCUUCAACUGGAACCUGAUCUACACGUGGCGUGGUAUCCCACCGAGAAUUCGCAAGGAGGAUGUCAAAGACGAAACGUCUGAGUUUAGGUCGCCAACUAUGGCUGGUGGUCUCUUCGCCAUGGACCGCAAGUACUUUAAUGACCUUGGCACGUAUGACUGGGAAAUGGACAUCUGGGGAAGUGAGAAUCUGGAGCUUUCGUUUCGCCUGUGGAUGUGUGGCGGUCGGCUGGAGUUUGUGCCGUGCUCGCGCGUUGGCCAUGUGUAUCGACGAGCGUCGCCGAUCAGCUUUCCGAAAGGCGUCGGCAAGACAACGCAACGCAACGCAAGACGAUUGGCAGAGGUGUGGUUGGAUGAGUACAAGAAAUUGUUCUACGAGACCAGCUCACCAGACAUCAUGAAGGUCGACCCUGGAGACUUGAGUGACCGGCUUGACCUUCGCAAGCGGCUCAAAUGCAAGUCCUUCGACUGGUUCCUGCAGAAUGUUUUCCCUGAACAUUUCGUUCCAGAUCCAAAGUUCAUGAUGGCAUGGGGAGAGCUGCGUAAUCCCGAGUCUCAGAUGUGCUUGGACAUGAUGUCGAAGAAGGAUGCCCAGACGCCCGCGUCACUUUAUCCAUGUCAUGGUCAAAAGGGGAACCAGGGCUUCUUCUACACAAAGUUGAGGGAAAUUCGACACGAAGAGCUGUGCUUGGAUGCGUCGGAGAGCAAACCAAACGCCAAGGUGAUCUGGUACGAGUGCCACGAGAUGCAGGGGAAUCAGAAGUGGAUCAACAAGGACCAUAAGGUCAUGUACCAUCCUAAUUCCAACCAAUGCCUGGACAGAUCUAGCUCCGCCUCCGGCAGCCAUCUAGUCACCAAUGUCUGCAACGGCGCAAAGUCACAGGAAUUUGUGUUCGGCUCGUAUUCCACGACCAACGUCUAAACUGCACGGAGAGUCAUUCGAUGUUUGCCUGUCCGCAGGUCAGAGUUUUGCUUGUGUGCUGACGAGGGCAUGACGAUGGCUGACAUCACAUGCACGCUGUUGAUGCUUGAGUAACUCAUCCUCCACUGGAGCGGCAUGCCGCGCCAUCUCGGAGUUCUAGUUCCGCCAGCACAUUGGCGAUGCCACAUAGUUUACUGCUCUCUCCUGUCUCUUGUGUCACCUGUCUCGUGUCUGUCUCUCGCUCUCAGUCCCUCGCUCUCAGUCCCUCGCUCUCAGUCCCUCUUUUUCUCUCUCUCUCUCUCUCUCUCUCUCUCUCUCUCUCUCUCUCUCUCUCUCGUGCGCGCACUUCCUGUCACCUUUCGUUGCAUGCGGUUGAGCACUCACUUGCUAUCUCUCUCUCAUAUGAUUCCGUGUUGCGGUGCUGUGUACUUGAGCAUGGAGAAGAAGGGUGUUGAAUUCUGUCGUUGGCACAACAUAUUCUUUUGCUUUAUUCAGUAGUACUGUCUGUGGAGGUUGGCGGUCAAGUGGCUGCUACGCAUAUCCCUCCCGCUGCUCCUGGGCUUUGACAUUGCUGCACUGUGCCAGUCAACUGCCAGCACCUGUCCACUGUGAGCCAGGAGCGGGUUUUGCUGCGCCGCUGUCGCCGGUGCAAGUGCUAGGUCGUAUGCAUGUAACGCUGGUGGCUACCAUCAACUCUGCCCGUGCGUUUUUGCUCACACCAACUGCAGCAGCAAUUGUGUGCACCUGUGCGCGGCGGCGCGUGUACAUGUACAUGUACACCAGUACCCGAGCUGCAAUGCUGUCGAUGCUCUUAGCCGUAAGCGGCCGACGCCUGUCGUGCACGCGAGUGCGGGCGCGUGUGUGGUUUGCACCUCGCUUACCGAUAGCCUUCUGUCCGCUCGCUGCCAUUCGGGUCCCAGUGUGUGCCCCAUUACCCUGGUGAUCAAGCUGCUACAGCAUCGUUACCCAAAUGUAUAAUAAACCCACCCUGUUCUGAUAUUCACCCGUGCGAUUUCGGUUAUAUCUGCCGAAGUUUACCUCUUUGUACCUCAAAUCUAGCACCUUUCUAUAUUUGCUACAUCGUGCCUGCCUGCCUCAGAUUGGUAAACUUUUUUAUUUAUCACGGGGCUUGUUUCCUUUGCAAUGUUUAUCAUUCUCCAUUGCUCUUUCCUUUCUUCCACGUUCCAGUAGAUAUAAUGUAGGUUAACUGUUGUCGAAUUUCUGGUAUCCAAGACUUAGAAGACUUCUUGUGCACGUGCAUGCUGUGGUGUCCCAGGUGUCUCUUGCCAAGUCUUGGUGUCCCUUC